UUAAAACCGGCGUACAUCCUUCCCUGAGUCCGUUUUGUCUCCACUGUUGGAUUUAUGUCACUUUUUCUUGCGUUCUGUCCACUUUUCUCCACUUUUAGCUAAUUUCUCCUGCAGCCCUUUCCGUUAUGACCAUGCUGCCAACUCUGCACAACUAAAGAGUUUUUUAAAAAUUUGGUUUUGUGUUGUUUUGUUCAGCCACAAUGACCGAGGAGAGCAGAAGUGAGCACAGGGCUGAAAGCGGGAAGGAUUUGGAGAAACAGCUCCGGUUACGAGUGUGUGUCCUAAACGAGCUUUUAAAGACUGAACGGGAUUAUGUUGGCACACUGGAAUUCCUCUCGGUGUUCCUGCACCGUCUCAACCAGUACGCCGCCACCAAGAUGGACAAGAACAUCACAGAGGAAACGGUCAAGGUGUUGUUCUCCAACAUCGUGGACAUCCUGGCGGUGCACAGAGACUUCCUGUCCAUGGUGGAGGACUUGCUUCAGCCCGACCCGCACGCUCACCACGAGAUCGGUCGCUGCUUCUUGCACUUUAGGAGUCGUUUCCAGAUUUACGACGAGUACUGCGGCAAUCACGAGAAGGCUCAGAGGCUGCUGCUGGAGCUCAACAAGAUCCGCAGCGUCCGCACGUGUCUGCUGAACUGCAUGUUGCUGGGAGGUAGAAAAAACACGGAGGUUCCACUGGAGGGUUACCUGGUGGCUCCCAUUCAGAGGAUCUGCAAGUACCCGCUGUUGCUGCGAGAGCUGCUCAAGAGGACCCCCAAGAAGCACAACGACUUCGCCCUGGUGCAGGAGUCCCUGCAGGUGAUGAAGGCCGUGUGCUCCAGCAUCAACGAAGCAAAGAGGCAAAUGGAAAAGCUGGAGAUCUUGGAAGAAUGGCAGUCCCACAUUGAGGGCUGGGAGGGCUCCAAUAUCACAGACACGUGCACAGAGAUGCUCAUGCAGGGCGUCCUGCUGAAGAUUUCUGCCGGGAACGUGCAGGAGAGGAUUUUCUUCUUGUUUGACAAGCUCCUGGUCUACUGCAAGAAGAAAAACAGGCGUUUAAAAAACAGCAAGACAGCCACAGAGGGUCCUCGCUACCUAUUCAGGGGCAGAAUCAACACCGAAGUGAUGGAAGUGGAAAAUGUAGACGACGGCACGGCCGACUACCACAGCAGCGGCAACAUCGUCAACAACGGCUGGAAGAUCCACAACACGGCCAAGAACAAAUGGUUCGUCUGCAUGGCCAAGACGCCUGAGGAGAAGCAGGAGUGGCUGGAGGCCAUCAUGAAGGAGAGGGAGCGGAGGAAAAGUCUGACGCUGGGCAUGGAGCAGGACACGUGGCUGAUGGUGUCCGAGAAGGGGGAGAAGCUCUACCAGCUCAUGAGUAAGGGACAUCUCAUUAAGGAUCGUAAACGCAAACUCAGCACGUUCCCUAAGUGCUUCCUGGGAAGUGAAUUUGUUUCCUGGCUGAUGGAAAUCGGCGAGACGGGCAACCCAGAGGAAGGUGUCCACUUGGGUCAAGCUCUUCUGGAGAAUGGCAUCAUUCACCAUGUCACGGACAAACACCAGUUUAAACCCGAGCCCGUCUUGUACCGCUUCCGCUUCGACGACGGGACCUACCACCCGAGAAGCGACAUGCACGACGUCAUCUCCAAGGGUGUUCGCCUCUUCUGUCGCCUUCACAGCCUCUUCACUCCUGUCAUCAGGGACAAGGAUUACCAUUUGAGGACCUACAAAUCAGUGGUGAUGGCCAACAAGCUCAUAGACUGGCUUAUAGCACAGGGGGAUUGCAAAACGAGAGAGGAGGCGCUCAUUUUGGGAGUGGAGCUGUGUGACAAUGGUUUCAUGCAUCAUGUGCUGGAAAAGAGCGAGUUCAAGGACGAGCCGCUGCUGUUCCGCUUCUUUGCCGACGAGGAGAUGGAGGGCUCCAACACCAAGCACAAGCCCGUCAAGCAUGACCUGAAAAUAGUGGAGAACGUCAUCACCAAGUCUCUCCUGAUAAGACCCAGUGACGGAGGCUAUGGCUUCACCCUGGAGGAGAGGAACAGGCUGCCCAUCAUCAAAUCGGUGGAGAAGGGCUCACCUGCUGAGAUGGCCGGCCUGGAGGUGGGCAAGAAGCUGUUCGCCAUCAACGGAGACCUGGUGUUCCUCAGGCCUUUCUCUGAAGUGGAAGUCCUCCUUCAGCAGUGCUUCAGCACCAAAGGACCUGUGAGGGUCCUGGUCAGCACCAAGCCCAGAGAGACGGUGAAGAUUCCAGACUCAGCUGACGGUUUGGGAUUCCAGAUCCGUGGCUUCGGACCGUCUGUGGUGCACGCUGUCGGAAGAGGCACGGUGGCGGCCAUAGCUGGUCUCCACCCGGGCCAGUGCAUCAUCAAGGUGAACGGCAUCAAUGUGAGCAAGGAGAGCCACGCCAGCGUCAUUGCUCACGUUACAGCGUGCAGGAAGUAUAGGCGACCCACGCAGCAAGAUACAAUAAAGUGGGUGUACAACAACAGUGAAAGUGCCCAGGAGGACAGCCAGAGAAGCAGCCAGAAGGCCACCCUGGAGGAGAAUGGUGACGGCUUUGAGUGCAAAGUUGAAGAGGUGAUGGACAAAAUCAACACCAUCGCCAUCAUUGACGGGAAGAAGGACCACGUCAGCCUGACCGUAGACAACGUCCACCUGGAGUACGGAGUGGUGUACGAGUACGACAGCACGGCCGGCAUCAAGUGUCACGUGAUGGAGAAGAUGGUCGAGCCCAAGGGGUUCUUCAGCCUCACUGCCAAGAUCUUGGAGGCGCUGGCCCGUAAUGACGACACCUUGGUGCAGAUGUGCGGGAGCUUGACCUCCAGCUGCGACGUGAUCCCGGAGGAGCUGCAGGUGUGCUUCGAUGCCAUGUGUGGCGAGAGGGUGGAGCACAUAAACCGGCGCAUUACCAACUAUAGAAAGUUUGCACGGGUGUUGAAGAACAGGGCGUGGCCUACGUUUAAGCAGGCCAAGGGCAAAGUGUCCCCCCUCCACAGCAGUGACUUCUGCCCCACCAACUGUCACGUUAACAUGAUGGAGGUGUCCUACCCCAAGACCACCACCUCUCUGGGCAGCGCCUUCGGUGUGCAGCUGGACAACAGGAAAAACACUCUGGAGAAAGGCGGACGCAACGGCUCCGAGCAGGGUAAGCUGGGCCCCAUGGUUCACAUCCAGCACACUAUCACCUCCAUGGCGGCCCCGUCUGGACACAGUUUAGGCAGGACAGAGGGCCACGGCCUGCGUUUUUUACUCCGAGAAGAAGACCUGCUCAUCUUGGAUGCUUACCAGAAGCUCCUCUACAAACUGGCCACUGUCGUCAAGGAGAUGGAGACUCACGGCGGCCAUAUUCAUGACCUUUUAUCGUCCAUCACCCACCCACCGGCGUCCGACGCUAAGAGCCCGGAGAGCUUCAUAUCUGCUGAGAGCGAGGCCGACAAGGGGGAGCGUAAUGGGAAGAAAGUGUGUUUUAAUGUAGCGGGGGACGAACAGGAAGAUUCGGGACAUGACACUAUCAGCAACAGGGACUCAUACAGUGACUGUAACAGCAACAGGAACUCCAUUGCCUCCUUCACCAGCAUCUGUAGCAGCCAUUGCAGCUCCUACGUCCACAGUGAUGAGAUGGACUCAGGGGACGAGAUGGCCUCCAGUGUGUGGCUGUCCCAUGAAAAGCAGAAGAAACUUCACAGCUUCCUGGAGCACCUUUUCAGUCAGGUGGACUCCAUCACCAGCAUGCUGAGAGGACCAGUGGUCGCCCGGGCAUUCGAGCAAACCAAGUGCUUCACGCUGGGGAGAGGCUUACAAGAGUUUCAGCAAGAGAUGGAGCCCAAGAUGAACUACACCAAGAAGCUGCGUCUCCACGUCAAGCAGGAUCCUUGGAACCUCCCCGGCAGCGUUCAGGCCCUCACGCAAACCAUCGCAAAAUAUGUCGAAGAGGUGAAGACAAGGCUGCUGUUGGUACUGCUGCAGUAUACAGACUCUGAGAUCCAGUUGCGUCGUGAUAUGGUGUUUUGUCAGUCUCUGGUCGCAGCGGUGUGUGCCUUCUCCGAGCACCUUCUGGCUGUUCUUAACCAGUUCCACUGUGUAGGCAAAGAGCCAGACCAGGACCCCCAGGACCUUCAGGAGGCCCAGGAAGCCAGCAGGCGAUGGCUGGAGCAAAUAGCGAGUGCUGGGCUGCUCUUCCACUUUCAGUCGCUCCUGUCUCCCAACCUGACUGAUGAGCAGGCCAUGCUGGAGGACACUCAGGUGGCCCUCGCUGACUUGGAGAAGGUCACCUUCUACUUCCAACAAUUUGAAGGGGAGCCAUUAGUUGCCAACAUGCCCAUCUCGUACCAGGUGGAGGGCACUCGGCACAACCUGAAGGUCUGCCUCCAGCUGGAGAGCUUCUACUUCUCUCAGCUGCCUCUCAGGCUGAAGAGCGGCGGAGGUGUCAAAAUCUACCCUGUGCUCUUCACGCAAGCACUGGAGAGCAUGGAAGGCUACUACUACAGAGAUAACGUGUCCGUGGAGGAGUACCAGGCGCAGAUCAACGCCGUCUCGCUGGAUAAAGUCAAGCAGUACUACAAGAGGCUGAGGCACGUCGUUAUCCUUGGAGUGCGGCCACAUGUCGGGUUAAACGCACACUGCGGGCCUCAGCCCCGAAGCUGCAUGACUGGCACAAAAGAGCCCACCACACGCUACAGUGAACUGAAUGAACUGCGGGGUGUUUUUCCCCACACAUUUUCAUGUUUUCACGCAAUCAUUUAACAUUCUGUUACAUUAGGACACGUAAUGGUGAUGAGAUUCCACAAAUUCUACAAUAUUCGUACGGCACAGUUAUACAAACAGCCAUGUUCACACCUAUGGGCAAUUUAUAGUCUCCAAUUAACUAAGACCCACGUGUGCAUCAGAACAACAUGCAAACUCCGCAAAAAAAUACUCAAAAGGAGAUUUAAACCCUCAAUUCUCCUAACUGUGAGGCCAACACGCUACCCACUCGCUCACUGUGCGGCCACAAUUUGAAUCAUUUAAGAAUCAUGAAAAAACGCUUUUCAUGGGUUGUUUCUUCAUGUCAAAACAAAAACAAUUAACUUUGACUGAUGUUCCUUGUCAGUAUGUGCACAUUUCCACCAGUUAUUAGAAAUAAUCUGUUCCAGGGUCAAACUGCUACCCUCAUAAAACAUUUGUUAACUGUACUGGCAUUUUUAAGUAACAGUUUAACACUCGUAAGCCUCAUUCAAGUGUAAAGGUAAGUCAACCAGUGUUGGUGCUGAAAUGUAAAAACAAUAAAAUGCUGAGUCCUGUCACAAAUGCGCCUCAAAAUUUGUCCCUGGCCAAAUUGGGCAGCUGCGAUGACAACAUCUCUAGGACCUAACUGAUCUUUUAAAAGCUAUUUUGAUACUGUUUGACUUGAACAUCAGUUCAGUUACAUGUAUGUAUUGGAGUAAUACAAAUACAAGGAAAACAAAUUGGUCAAUAAAUGAUUUUUUGUGCCAAAUAACAAAUUGACAGAAUAAAAAAAACAAAGACUGUCCUAGACCUGGAUUGAGAUUGUGCUUUCUGACUUAAAAGGCAGCAGCUGUACUAUUACACCACCAGGGACUGCACAAGGGAAUUAUUUUAUGCUGCUGCUUCUCUCCUGCCUCUGGCUGACUUGGUGCUCUACGCCUCACGGCAGCAAUGCGACUCCUUUGCGCAUUUGCAGAGAAUGCGCCCGUUUGUGCAAAAUGGUGCUCCCCAUGGAUCAUGGGGCUCUAUGCACAGCACAUGUUCUGCGUGUAGUGAGGGGCGACUUCUUUACUGUAACUGUUUGGGCAUUGUUAAGUAACAUUUUAACUCCUUCAGUGGUGGCUGAACUGUCCUAGUGUGAGGUGCAGUGAGCUCCAGUGCAAAAUGAAGUGGUUUGGAGGUUUAGUGCGACUUUAGUUUACUUUGCCCCAAAAUUUGGACUUUCGAGGUUGCACUUUUUUUUAACAGAUUCCUUCUGUAAAGUGGCUGCUGUUGCUGCAUGCGUCCAAAAUAUUGUUCUUGCGUGCAUGCGUACAUGUGUGCAUGUGAGUGACUUCAAAGAAACACAGCGACGUAUUUUGGUCUUGAAAAGCUCACGUCUCCUCGUCUCGCCUGCUGAGGCCUGUGCCAUGCGUUGUGGCCGACGCUCAACUGGAGCCAGUCACGAAGAGUAAACGAUACGGCUGCCAGGGUUGUUUUAAGACGCCGUGAGGCGGUUGUCACUCUGUAACCACUUCAAGAAAGGGCAAUCCGCUGCUUAAUGAAGACGCACAAGUCAUCCGCAAACCCUAAACACAAGCACAUGCGCUCGUCCCCCGGGAGUCACGACAAAAAACCGCUUUUUGGGGGGGGGGUAAAAGGGACGGUGAUAUAUUAUUUUUCAAGUUUCAGAGGUGCCACAAUAGUGUGAUGGAAGUGUUACCCAAAAUGUAACCUUGAUGCUGGAAUUUUUUUUGGUGAAGCCCUACAUGCCAUUUUGUGUGUCUGUAGCUUUAAUGCUAAUGAGCUGUGUCCAUGCCUGUCUCCAACAAAAAGCCACUUUUGUGUAAUAGGGGAUCUUUGAUGUUUAAUCUUCAAGAUUCCAGUGCACAGCCCUCCAAAUGCUGUAGUUUCUUGUCCAUCACAACCUGCAGUGUGCACAAGUAGUGUUGCAGCCACCAGAAAUGUAGAACUUCUGAAGGGGAAAUAUCUUCGACAGCCAAUUUUACAGCCUCAUCGACUGCCAUUAAGGUUGGAUCGAUUACCAUGGGGCUGAAUUGAACUUGAAUGAUGUGACAUUCUCUUCAACAUUUAUAGGUUUCAUCAGUCUGGGGGGUUGCUUAAGAGUGAGCUGUGAACUCAUCAUUCCAGGGAAGGGUGCAGAGAUUUAGUUUCAUUAAGGCUUAACUGCUUGGUGGGGUCAAAGCCAGGACGUUAGUUUCUCAGCUUUUGGUGACAGUAACAUCGGAAAAUGACCACAUUAUCCUUGGUUGCAGUCUGCUGUAUGCGUGAAACAUGUACAGUAUGCAGUAGAUGAUACUAUAGAAAUGCAUAUAUUUGAUUGUAGCUAGUGUACAGCUUGCAUAGCAGUAUAGAUUUACUAUCUACGGAAAAUGGGUCAACACACAGCCAUUAUUGUCUAAAUAGCUGGCAACACAAGUAAGUGAACAAAUUGUGUCCUUGGUGUGAAUAUCAAGUAUGAGCGCCAUCGUUAUCUACCACUGCUGCCUUAAUCCUUUUUGGCAUGAAAUUCACCAGAGCUGUGCAGGUUGUUAACGGAAUCCUCUUCCACUCCUCCAUGAUGACAGAUGCCUUGCGCUCCUCCACCUUCCUUCCUAUUGCUUGAGGAUGCCCCACAGAUGCUCAGUUGGACUCUGGAGACUUCCCUCCUUCAUCUUGUCAUCUUGAAGGUGUUUGAGCAGCUUAUCUUGUUGGAAAACUGUCCUACGACCCAGUAUCUGCUUCACAAUGUCACAGUACAUGUUGAAAUUCAGGUUUCUCCUCAAUGAACUGCUGUUCCCCAGUGCCGGCAGCACUCAUGCAGCCCCCUAUACCAUGGCGCUGCACUACCAAGCUUGACUGUAGGCAAGGCACAAUUAUCUCAAAGUUCACUUUUGUUGAAAGUCAUUUUUCCGCUCAAUGAAGCUCAGCUCCCCAGUGCUAGCAGCACUCAUGCAGCCCCACACCAUGACGCUACCACCACCCUGUUUGACCAUAGGCAUGGCACAAUGAUCUUGAAUUCAGGUUUCCCCUCCAUGAACUGCAGCUCCCCAAUGCUGGUAGCACUCGUGCAGCCCCAGACCAUGACACUACACCACUAUCGUGCUUGACUGUAGGCAACACACAAUCGUCUUGAAACUCACUUUUGUUGGAAUUGAUUUUUUCUCCCAAUGAACCACAGCUCCCCAGUGCCCGCAGCACUCGUGCAGCCCCAGACCUUGACGCUGUACCACUACUAUGCUUGGCUUUAGGCAACACUCAACACUCUUGAAACUCACUUUUGUUUGAAUUCAUUUUUCUCCUUUAUGACCCGCAGCUCCCCAGUACUGGUAGCACUCGUGCAACCCCAGACCAUGGCGCUACCGCCAGCAUACUUGACUGUAGGCAACAUACAAUUGUCUUGCUACUCACUACUGCAUUCAAAACCUCCAGAAAACCCUCGAAAGCUUCUCAGUAGCUCUGCUACUUGCUGCAGGGCUUACAUUUUAAGAACUGUAAAUGUCAUUAAUCAAAGCAAAGCAAGUGAUUUAGCCAUCGCAUAUGCACAGCUCUGGGCUUUCAUUCACGUCGUAAAUAUGACUCUUGUCCUCCACUGUUACAUUUUAAAUUAAAUUCUCCUCCUGUUUUGAGAGGAGGGUGUCAUGCUAAUGCGGUCGUUCCCACGCUGCUCCUGGAAACAUCUGUCCUCCAAAUCCCCCUUCGACGCCUCAGCUGACGUCUAAACCUCCUGAGAGCUUUCCCAUUGUCAUGAAGCAGAGAGAAUAAAGUAUUCCUGUUGGCUGUGUGAAAUACGACCGGGAUCAUUUCUGGCCAGUGGCCACGUCCUGCAUUAGAUCCUCAUAUUAAAAAAAACCAAAAAAAACAACUAGUGCAUGUGUUACUUACUGUAAUGCUGCAAGCCAGUCACUGCAGAAUGCUAUAGGACAGUGUGGGCAUCACAGAGGGAAUGACAAUACUAGCUUGUUUUUUCCGGCUGCUCGAUGAGGAAAGGAGUUCCUGCCGUCAGUUGGACAAUAUUCACCUACUGACCCUCACGCCGACUAUUUGUCUUGAUUUUAAGUGCACGACUUGAGGAAGUGUGCCUUGCUGUCACAUGUGCUGGGGUUAUUACCAGAGUAAGCAUUGUUUGAGGCCAGCUUGAACCAAUUAAACGGGCUGUUAUCCCAUCCCAAGCAAGCUGCUCUUGUUUCAAAUGGGGGGAGGCGAGUUGCUGGUAAAAUAGAUUUGUGAAACGAUAGCUGCACUUUUAGCCUAAAGGUGCUAUGUGUUCGCCGAAUCGGCGCAAAAUUUGGUAUGCACCAAAAUAUUCAAAAUUGUCAUUAAAACUGCAUUUGUACAAACUCUAACCUUACCCCUCCAAACCUUACUCCUAAUAGAUACCCAAUACUCUCUGUAGUUAAUCUCUGACCACUAUAUGAGGAUGUAAAGCUCAGUUUUGACACUGUGACGCAAAGGUAUUCAUUUAAGUUAUUGAUUGACCUGCCCUGCAUCAUAUUGAGUGACGUUUAUUUAUGAGUGACAUUUUUAUGACUAUGACCAUGAUUAUAUAUUGACUAACAGCACUCUUCUACACCAAUGAUGUGCAUUUUUUAUGCAAGUGUGAAUGUGUACCGUUCUUUAAUUCCGAGUGCUUGAAGUCAAAAGCUCUGUGAUUCUAUUAGGCUGACUUUAAUAAAGUGUAGUGUCCCUAUUUUUAGCAGACUAGUGGAUUACUGAGAUUUGAUGGAGUCCCACACUGCUGAGUUUGCAUGACAAGCACUCACCAUCACAAGGACCGUCUCUGUUCAUCCUUAAGGACACAACUCUCUGCUGCCCCCGGUGGAGCAACAAAGAAACACACCGGCUCCUGCAUGAAUGAAUGACGCGAUGGUGUUUGGCGUGAGGCCCGGACAAGAUCAUGAGUCUGUCUUUCGUCUAAGCUUGGCCCUCAUCAGAUGGAGGGGCAGCAUAAUAAUUAUAAUAAUAAUCAUAUUAAUAAUCAUGCAAAUAAAAAGCAGGUGGCUACUUUUCCCAGAAAAGAAACAGGAUGACAUGUGAGCCACUAUAUGGGGGAAAAAAAAUGCCGCUCCUAAUUGUCCAGUAAACUAA